GAAGACACUUUCAACUCCUGUCUGAUUGUGACAUCCCAUAAUGCCACUGAUUGUGCUUCCCACCUCCCAGCUGCUAUGGGUGCGUGUAGCUGCCCUGCUGUUCACCUGCGUGGCGUUCAGUGUGGCAGCACAUGGAGCCCAGCUGCACCACGGAGGCAUGGCUGACUGGUGCAUCUUCUGCUGGGCGUUCAGCUUCGCCUGCACCCUGCUGGUCCUGCUGGUGGAGCAGUUCGGCCUCCAGGCCCGAGCGCCGGUGUCCUGGUCUAAUUUCCCCAUCACUAUCGCCUGCUAUGCCUCCCUUCUCUGCCUCUCCGCCUCUAUCAUCUUCCCAGUUUUUUUCCUUAAGGACCAGCGGCUCUGCGGUGAUACUCGUGACUAUCGCAUCGCCUCCACCGUCUUCUCCUGCCUGGCAGCGGUAGCAUACAUGGGGGAGGUCAGCUUGACUAAAGCGAGGCCAGGAGAGGUGGCAGGUUACAUGGCUACGGCUCCUGGUCUUAUGAAGGUGUGCCAGACCUUUGUGGCCUGUAUUAUCUUCAUCCUGGUCAGCGACCCUGUGUCGUAUGACCACUAUGCAGCGCUCAAGUGGUGCAUGGCCGUGUACUGCAUCUGCUUCAUCCUCUCCAUGGCCGUGGUGGUGCUGUGUGUGGGCGAGUACACCGGUUGUCUCCCCAUCCCCUUCUCCAAGUUCCUGUCAGGUUACGGGCUCCUGGAGGUAAUCAUGUACUUGACGGCUGCCAUCCUCUGGGCCGUGUUCCAGUUUGACAAACAGUACCAAAGAAGCCAAGCGUCGUCAAAACUGAUCACUGUGGCGGUGCUCACUGCUCUCAACUUCCUGCUUUACGUCGCUGACCUGGCCUACACUGCCAGACUAGUGUUUGUCAGUGCCUGAGAAGAAAAGAGAUGAAGGAGGGAGACACAUUGAGAGCUGAACAGAAAUAAAGAUGCUUAGAGCUGAGUGAGUGGCUUUGCAGAAAAGUGUAUGCUGUUAAGUUUCUG